AUGGCUCAGCGAUUCGAUGGGAGGCUGAGAUACAGCAAGAGCAGCACCCCGAGUCCUCGGACUCCGACCACCCCUACGGUCGAGCAGCUCCUUUAUGGUAAGAGAUGGACGGUGAAACGCCUCCGGCGCGCAUCGGCAUUCCUCAAUGACCGCUCGUCCUCGGUUCAUUCUUGUUGGUCUGAAUUGACACUGUUGCCCAAUGGGCCAUGUGAUCAUUUGCUCUCGUAUUCUAACCAUGUUGCAGACGGACCAGGCGAAAGUUCCAGGUGGUCCUCGACCUCCCCGACGUUUAUGAGGGGCCACGAUCUGGAAGACGACCACCUCCACUCGUACCCCAACAACAAGAAGUCUGUUCUUGCCAAAGUGAAAGAAAGGGCUAGAAGAUGGCACCUCAGCCUCGGCAAGAAACGAAACGCCAACGACGGCAACACCACGCCGUUGUGGGGGGUCAGCUUGGAUGAAGACGAUGCUGAAGAAGAUGCCGAGUAUCUUGGAGCCCCAAUGUACGAGUCGGAGCUGGCACCUGAAGACUGCAAGGAGAAGGCUAGGCAGCAUCCGAGAGCGAAUCCGGUCAUAUCGGAGAAGCAUCUUUUGCCAAACAGUAUCGAUCACGAAACUGAAGCCAGUAAAGGAAACCCUCUUAGUCCUGACAAGACAAUGACUGAAACCAUGACGGAGAAACUUGCACCAGCAUAUACCAUGGUUUCUGAUGCAACUCAGGCAAUCACUUCCAAAAUCCAAAACGCGCCGGCUUAUGCAACUGAUGCAACUUAUACUAUCGCUUCAAAAAUUCAGAAUGCGCCGGGUUAUGCGACAGAUGCAACUCAUGCUGUUGCUUCAAAGAUCCAGAACCUAACGGUCAGUUCUCCAGCAGCAGGUUCGGCAGCUGGUCGGCCUGCAAACAUUGCUGUUAGGGGGCACCUGCGGGAUACUCCUGCAGAGCGGAAGUUAGAUAAGGGGGUGUCGGUGAAGGAAUAUAUAAUGCAUAAGUUUGAACCAGGGGAAGAUGACAGGGCACUGUCUCAAGUGAUAACCGAGGCAAUAAGUCCUCGGAAAGGUCCUGCUGAUGGAGGCGUGGUUGAGAAGGUCAGGGAGGCCGUCAGUAAUUUGCUUCGGAACCAAGAGGCAUCGUCCACUACUGCUUUCCAUUCUGCUACGAACUCUUCUACGCAUAUCCCGGCAUCGACCAAUGCCCAUGAAGCUAUGGAAGAAGAGAAUUAUGGAAGAAUACUCCAGGCCAACUGA